AUGGCUGAUUCGGAUAGUGAGCUGGAAGAAAAACCGGUAGAAGUCGAAGCUGACAGUGACUCGGACAGCUACGAAGAUGAGCCUGUGGCGACAUCUGGUGAGGCGCAGACGCUAGUGGAACUACACUCUGACCAAGGAAAAAUGGCUGAAGCACCGCCAAAACCUAGAAGAAAGCGAUUCAUCCCAAAAUAUGAAAUCGAGGGAGUGCACAGAAUCGCUAUUGGCGAAGAAACCCAAAUACAAAUUGAAAUGGUCAUGGGCAUGGAUAUCACCCCUCAAGCCCCCUGGAAGCUCGUCAGCAAAGCUAAAAUUAUGGAAAACUUAGAAAUCGGCGGCGAACUAUCGGAAUUCUUCCCUUUGAAAGCAGAUUUGGAAGCUUAUACACAAAAUGAAGUUCUCAUGGGGUUCAUAGAAGAUGAUUCUAAUGAUCUCGAUGAGUUCUACGUCUGUACUACUGUCGAAGCGAGAGAUCAUUGUAAAUUUCAGUCGGAGAAGUUUCUAAAAAGACAAGCUAAGAAAUUAGAAAAGGCCGUGCAAAAGAAACCACGUCCUUGGAAAAGUCUUGGCAGUGAAAAAGAAAUUAUUGAACUUAUUCCUGUAAACACUCGACCGUUUUUAGAGCUUGAAAUUAAAACUGCGUUCCCCACUGUGUACCAGCCAGAAAAAUUCAGUGUCAGAGACUCGAGCUCCGUUCGAGAUGGUUACUUAGAACUAACACCGUAUAGACAGAAGUUUAACUGUGUGUUUCAAAGGAGAAUAGAUACGGGAGCUCAAGCAAAUCCACCUAGAAUCACUAGACAUGCACAAACUGAGUUAAGAUAUCCACAAAACGUCUGGACGCAAUCUAUAGCUGAUGCUCUUGGCGGAGCAGACACUACAGGAGCGGGCGGCGGCGGAGAUACAAAGCCCGAUAAAGGAGCCGGCGGUGAUGAAGCCGCCGAAGACGACGAUGAGGAAGAUGAAAAACCUCCAAAAGAACCGAUAGAUGAAGCUGCUCUUAAACCGUUUCGAGACGCUGAAAUGCGAAUGCGACGGGCGUCUUAUAUAAAGUUGAUGACCAAUUUUAUGUCUAUUAAAGAUCCAGAAAUGGAGUCCAUUAUAGCGCUGAAUACAGUCAUGGAUAUGUAUUGCAACGAUUAUCCGAAUUUAGUGACUCAGAGAGCGACUGGCGUAGUAUACGACUCUAUGACAUUCGAGGAUUAUGUUUGCUUUACUGACGUCAGAGCAAAGAAUAAGUACGUGUCUUCUGCAGUUUUUCAUCCUAUGUGGACUGGAAUUGUCGCUAUUUCCUAUGCUGACGCUUCACCUGCUGUGAUGAGCACGGUUAGUACACGUCCGGAUCCAAUUAAAAGGGCGGUAUAUGGGUUGAAUCCUGUUAUGAUCUGGAGCCAUAUCGAUAGUUUAAUCCCAAAACUUUACCUCGAAUCACCGCGUGAAGUUAAAGUCCUUUCAUUUUGUCCUUUUAAUGAAAACAUUCUGAUCGGUGGAUGUAUAAACGGUCAAAUUGUUGUGUGGGAUUUAACUAACAAAUUAGAAAAUGUAGAGAAAAUUGAAGUAUUGAGUGAAACUAGAGAAAAAUAUCGUAUAGCUAUGAAUGCACAUAUGGGAUGGAUGAAGAGGAUUUCUGAUAAAGCAGUGGUCCCUGCCACGGCCUUGAGUAAUUUGAUGACUAAUCACUACGGCGCUGUAACUGCUAUCGAGUGGUUCUCGCCAAACUUUUUCAUAUCUCAGACGGGACACACAGAGCUACUAACGGGCGGGAAAAAAUCGUCUAUAUUUUUCACUGGCUCAGAGGACGGCACAAUAUUAAUUUGGAACCUGUCAGUCGAAAAUGUGGCAGUGUUUGGGGGAAAGAAGAUUAAGAAAUCAUUGCGUAUUGCUAGAAGGCCAUCUGGGCUAUUAGUUGAUGUUUCCCCAUUCUGUAUCUUAGAUCGCGUGUUUCAACCCACUUAUAAAAUCAUACUAGGAAUAACAGGGCAUCCCGAUACGCUUGCUCUACAGAGUAUGGCUAUGACCCCUUGUCCAAUUGCUUACACUUAUACACCUAAAGAAAUUGCUACGGGCAGAAAAUAUUUUACAUGUUCCAUCUUGCCUCAAAAAGAAGAAGAUCUAAAUACAAUCAUGUACUGUAGCUCACAGCACGGAGAGAUGAGAAGAAUUACAUGGGAGGGUCACGCGUUCAAUACUGGAGAAGUUGUCAACUCUGAGUACUGCGCCAUGAAGUAUCGUUGUUAUAUUCACGAUGGAAUAAUAACAUGUUCUAAGAAAAACCCAUUUCUUCAUCAUAUCACCAUGACUAUCGGAGGAAAGAUAAUGGCAAUUUGGUGCGACAAGUUGAUGAAUCGUCCCUUGAUAUGGAAAAAACGUCCUCACAGAUUAACUGACGCUGUAUGGUCACUUUACAAGCCUAGUCUGCUUUUCAUCACCACGUCAGAAGGCAAUAUGGAGACUUGGGAUUUAUUACUGAGAAGUGACUUACCUAUUGCCGUACAAACACUCUCCGGCACGCAGCUCACUGGUAUAAGUUUACACACGUUACCUUUAGCAAAGAAUAUCAUCGGAGUAAGUGAUUCCAAUGGCUCUUUUCAAAUGUUCUUAGACCCACCUAUAUUCAUGAUUGAAAACGAAACUUACAAAGCUCGUGUUGACGCUAUGAUUAGCAGAGAACUUAACGUAAUGCAAUCAUUUAUAAAAUGGCAAGACGAAUGGCUGAAACAUAACCCUCACAUUUUGCUAGAAAUAAGGAGAAAGGAAGGAGCACUGUUGUUAGAAAAAGAGGAAGAAAAGAGAAAAGCUAAAGAAGCAGAAGACCAACGACUAGAAGAGGAAGCAGAAGCCAGAAGGCUAGCGAAAAUGAGAGUAAUCGGACCGGCAGAAAGAUGGACCAUGAUAGUUAACAAAUUGAUAGAACGAACUAUUGCAGUCAAAAAAAGAAUAAACAAGGCAGAGCUCAUAGAACAAGAGAAGCCUUUACGCGAGUUAGAAGCGCAGCGUUUAGAAAAAGAAAGAAGGAUGGUCGAGAUUAUGAAGAAUCAGACAAAUAUUUUCAAUGACACCGUGGCUAUCCUAUUUCCUGAGGCAAUUAAAAAACCACCGAAACCUGUGAAGACGUAUCUGCCACCGGACAAAGGUGCUGUUAAGAGGGAGUAUAUAGAAGAUUAUGGAUACUUGAAAGAUACAGCAAUGAGGACUGUGAAAGAGAAUCCUUACCAUACAUCUUUCUCAUGGGAAGCCACGCUAGCCGAAGGAAAAGAGCGCCGUGAAGCUUUAAAUACUUAUGAGGAGUAUCUGAACAUGCAUAAGGCUAGAAUCAACUUUGAAUUACAAGAGUUGACGGUGAAACCACAGAUUAAGAGAGAUAGCAAGAAAUUUAAGUCGAAAGAAACAGUUUCCACCGUUGAGUUUAGUGAAGUGGAGACCGAGACGUGAGUAUUUUGUUACCUAUUGUAUUUGAAUUUUCAUUUACUAAAAAGACUAACUCAGUCGAAAUCCUUACCAAUGGUUUUGUUGCUGUAUUUUUCUUUAUCUGUGAUAAUUUUGUUUAAUGUUUGAAAAAAUUACCAUUCAGAAAAAGUCUUACAAUGUGAAUAUUAAA